AUGUCUUCCACGUUUCCCAUUGUUCCCGGUUACGACGGCCCCUGGUCACUGAAGGACUUUCUGCAGCGAUACUUCUUUGUGCGGCUGCGCUUUGAAGCGUCGCCACCGACGUGUUUUGUACCGCCCAACAAUGAGAGGGUUCUCUUUGUGCGCCCAACGGGUGGCUUCGCCGUGGUGAUGUACGCCUCUCUGAGCGCACCACCACCACCACCACCGCCGCCAGCACCACUGUUGGUGACGACAGGGGAGGGGGAAUUUGCAUCUAAAGGACAUGACUUGUUGCCGCGAGCGACAUCUUUGACGCCACACGGGAGGCCUUUGACGUCAUCGCUGCUACGAUUUCCCUUUUGGAAUUCUCUUUUCACUCAGUUAGGACCCGCGGCUGUCAGUUUCAUUUUAGCCUGGUGCCCUGUUGUGGUGCAGUUUGAACCAAAUGGCGGGGGACUGCAGGUUUUGGGCCCUCCGCUGAAGAAUGCCGUACCGCGGGCGGUAAAUCGACAGCGAGGCCCCGGUUGGACGGGAUCACGCAAGAUGGGGCGUUACGAGAGAAAUGCACAGCAUCGCAUCUUACAAGGGAGUCCUUCUGAAUCGCUGAUCUCAUCGCUCUAUCGUCUGAAUGUUUCUCGUCUCCCGUUGAUUGGGGAGGCGCCUCUUUGUACCUUUGCGGAAAUCGAUCGUAGAGUGAAUCCAAGACUUUCAAAAUUAUGGCAGGAGCAUCACGGUGGUAUGGGUGCUGCGCCAUCAUCAUGUCGCUGCUCGGUUACUGCGGGGGCUGUUCCAAUGCCAUGUGCAGAUGCUUGCAGCGUCUUGGCUGUGUCAAGGGAAUUGGUUCACCUUGUGUUUCCCUACACUCUCUCCAUCAACGUUGAUGGAGACAACACUGUGAAAAUGGCGUCUGUGGAGCGGCAUCUUACACAUGUUCUUCACUGUGUUUUGAGUGGUGUGUGUCAAAUGAAUUUUCGCGGUGCGGCGAUCAAACAUACUGGGUUUCUGGAGGAGCGCAGUCUUUCUUUUAACCAUGUCCGCCCCCGUGGAGAGGCCGGGGCGUGUGCGGCUUUCCCUGUAUCGGAACUCACCGUGCCUGAAACCAUUAUGACAUCAUACCUUCACAGUUUACUGGGUGGAAUCUGGUGGCGUGCACCGCAAGCUACAGAGCGGGUGAACUUUUGGGGAGAGGCAUUGGUGCUGGAAAGGCUGUGCGCUAUCACCUUGAGUUGGCUGCAAUGUGGGCGACACGAAAAUUUUCCACUCAGUCACUUUCUGCAUCAGAUACCUGUUGCGAAGCUUCCAUGGUUGCGUGGCUUCUACACCCGAGGCUCUGGGCGCAGGCGACGGUCCAUGAUUCAGCAGCGGGUGCUCCUUCAAUUUUUUUUUUUUCUGUUUCAGCAUGUGGUGCCGUUUUUGGUGCGAAGUUCGUUCCAUGUGACGUGGUCAUCGAAAAAACCCAAUGCGUUUUUAUUCAUACCGAAAUCGGUGUGGAUCCGCCUCGUCAGUCGUGAACUGCGACAAGUCUGUCUUCGACGCCGGCGAAGAACGAAGAGGGAGAGAGACGGUGAUGGUGCCCCGCAGCCGAUGGCACUGCCGCCCAUGGCGUUGGAGCGACUGACCUCAGAUAACAUUGUGGGAUUGAAGAUACCACCUGGAAAAGACGCCGUCCCCGCUGGAACUACCGCUGCUCCGUUGUUAUACUCAUCCAUUCGGUUUCUGUUGGACCAACGCAAGUUGCGCCCCAUCGCACGAGUUCGGUUUGCCAACGCGCGGUGGUUGCUGAAAAUGGCCGAUGGGUUGUGUUCGCCAGCAACACCAUCCGUUUGCAAUUUCUCUGGCAGGGCGGUGGCAUCCACGACCCAAACUAAGAGAAGUAGUGCAGUUUCUCCCAACGCCACGGUCCUGCGGGGGGCACUCCGUUGUCUUCUUGCAGGUCUGGCGGAGCAACGCGUCGGAUCGUCGCUGGUGAAGUUUACAAAUAUUUCUCAUCAGGAUGAAUACGCCGAGGUGCGCUCUUUCGUCGAGGGUGCACGAAACUUUUUUCACCAUCCGUUGCUUGCAUCCACUCCAGUGCCUUCUGCCGCCCCGGUGGAAAGCAGUGCUGUGGUGACGAUGGUACGCGGGGACGCGGCGAGGUGUUACGAUUGUCUUCCUCAAGAGGCGGUGAUGAAUACUGUCAGGCGUCUUCUCCCUCAUGAGUUCUACCACACGUUGUCCUUCACAGCCGUUGCCCCAUUGGCCGGUGGGAGAGGGACUGCCAACGUGGAGGAAGUGGGUGGACAAGGAUGGAAAAGGGCCGAAGAGGACGCACCAAGCGUCGGGGUAUUACUGCACCGGCGUGUGAAGUUGCAGACGGUUUCCGGGAAGUGUGUCCAAAAUGGAACGCUUCCAGGUAUUCCAAAGGGAUGGAUUAUGUACGAAGAGCCCACACCACCAUCUGAGUCCGUGAUGCGUGGAGAUGAAAUGCGGACAGUUUUGGGGCAGCACCUGCAGAAACAUCUUGUGGUCAUCGAAGGCAGACUUUACUCGCAGGGAGUGGGAAUAACACAAGGCUCUGCAGUAGCCAUGCUGCUCUGCGACAUACUUCUUGAAACGGUGGAUCAUUCUCUGUCAAAUAUUCUUUCACAACAUGAAGAGCCAGCGCUGCUUUUACGACGAGUGGAUGAUGUCUUGGUGGUUACGCUUUCUCCUGUGGCGGCUGCUAGAUGUGAUGUGGCGUUGCGCCAUGGAUGGCCUGAGGUGGGAUUUUUUUGCCAAGAUGAAAAGCUACGAUGUACGACGGUUGCACUUAUUCCGUGGUGUGGUCUGCUGUGGAAUCCGCAAACGUUGGAGUUUUCUGUGGAGUGGAGACGUUUAUCGUCACUACUUCCACACAUCGCCUCACGUCCAAUGACGGGAAAUGAGCCGCUGCAUUGCUCUCUGCGAUUGAUGAGUAUUUUAUGUCUUCGCACACCACUGACGGUGCUUUGCCGUCGCAUAAACACGAAGACCCGUGUGGUGCAGACGCUUUGCGAGAUUGGGUUUCUCUGGUCACGCUUCUUCUUAAAGAAGCUCCUGCAGAACGCCAUGUUUAUCAGACCGCACGUGCGGGUGCUGCUUCGGCCUCUCGCAUUGGCCAUUGCAUCGCUGCGCCGAUUAAUUAGGCGCCAAAAAGGAUACCUGGAGCGUCUUGGCUCCUUCUGUGAUGUAACGGACGAGGAAAUCCGGCUCUGCGUCCUGUUCACUCUGCAUCACACUCUUCAGGAAUGGUUGCCGCGGAUGAUUUCCCAAAUACGGCGGCGCAGGGAAGGGUUAAAGCAGUUUUUUCUCCUGAUAUCAGCUCUUGUGCGACGUAAAAUGAGGGCGGCGCUUUUGAUGGACGGUGCGUCUUGUGAAGGGGAUGAUGAACACAUCGCUGCUAGUCGCGGCGGUAGUCAUGGCGUUGCAGCAGCAGCUGCUGUUAAUGAAGAUGAUGACGUGGGUAAGCUUCUGCUGGCUGAGGGUGAUGAUACAGUCAUUGUGCGAGCACUCGCUGCCGUGCGAUUUCCCCCCUCACGUGCAUUCACGCACGGGGAGAAUUUGUGGCGGCUCUCAGAGGAUCCAACAGGAGGAAGAUUGAAAAAUAAAAAGAUUCUGUUGCCGACCGUUUUGAAGUGA